UCUGUUCCCCAUUUGAUCCCCAAAUCGAGAGAAGAAACCCUAGCGGCGCAGCAGUGUUUCCUUUAGCUUGUCACAAAAUCGGAGCAGAGAGAUCAGUUAGGUCGAAGAGAUGGCAGAUCCAGGAGCAGGUGGGAGGAGAAGGUGCAGGUGCUGGUUUCGAUCCAUGGUCCGCCUUGCAGGAGGCGGCGGCGUGAUCCGGUGGAGCCCCAACUCUGGUGCGCGACGCCCAAACCCUAGCGCCGGCGCCUCCACCUCUCUCCUCCUCCUCAUCUCCUUGCGCGCAGAAGGGUGGUUGGGGUUUCUGUAGGGGCAAGGAGAGAUCUGCGAUGCGCGCAUCGCCGGCCAGCGAUGGCUUCGUGGACUGGCUGCUGGAGAUUGCCGAGGCCACCUGUGGGAAGGAAAGCCUCAUCUUCCAGUACAACCUCAGCCAGGUCGAAGAAGAAACUGGUAUAAAGUUAAAUCUAGAGGGCAUGGUUGAUCUUACUGCUUCGCCGGACCCUGCUACUGGGUGCAGAAUGCUACCAUCACCGGGUGGCUGUGACGAAGAGAUUGGCAUGUUCCUUUAUAGGGGGCACGUGGACGAGGAGACUAUUAGGCUCUCCAAGGGAAGGAAACGGGCCUGCGACCAUGGCGAGCUGAUCAAGCUGCGUGUGGUCCCCUAUGACCAGCUCUGGCGCACGACGUCAGAUGCAAAGGCGCUCUCGGCAAUAGCUCUGUACGAGAUGGGCGCCAAUAGACUGCAUAAAGCUUCAUCAGUUAUACUCAUCCUUCGUCUAGGGAACUUGCAUGUUCAGCAAGCAUGUCCUAAAGACAAAGGAUAUUCUCCUCUCACUUGGAUGACACAGAUGCUCUAGAACACCCCAAGUGCCAGAUUUCCAGCUCUAUAUCCCAAGGAGAUUUUCUGCAUCCAUGCACAUCCAGGGACAUGUUCUGGCAGGCUUCUCCAAGAGAAUCAAAUUUUGUUCCCAUAGUAGGAACUACGACAGUGUCAGUUUUUUUUCUCUGCAUAGCUUCUUAGUGUUGCUUCCAAAGCAGUCAUCCUGUCAGCGCAUGGGUGGCGCUCGCUAGAUGAACUUCCGACUCGCAUUCUGCAUCAAUUGGAUUGAAUUUCUUAGGCCU